CGCCCAGCUGCUCGAUUGCGAAAUCUGCAAGCUGCAAAUUUGCAACUUCAGAAGGCAGAAAAUAAUUAGUUUAAACUUGGAUAAUUUCGCCAUCGUUUUAAUCAUCCAGAUUUAUUCCUCCGGAUCAACUGGGUAUUUGUCCGAACAAUUUGGCGAGGAUUCGCUAUUAUGAAUUUCAUCUCGUGUGCUGCAUGGAUUCCCCGCGGAGUCGCCAAAUCCACACCCGACACGGUCGUCCUGACCACGGAGGAGCUGCGGGAUUUGUUUGCCGAGCAGCGCGGUGACGAACCCAAAGAAGAGCCAGGAUCGGAAGCAGAAGAUGAUGAUUAUGACAAAAAGCGAGUGAAGAAGGAGGACGAUGAAGAGAGCGAUGCGGAGUGGGAGGAAGAAGAGGGCGCUGAGGACCCCAAAGGAUCGGGUUUCGCUGUCAGCAGUCUCUCCCACUUUCCCUCCAACCAGGACGAUCCCUACGUCACCGUCAAGGAUGAUGAGGAGGAGGAUUCGGAAGCGGAGGAUUUCCAGAUCCGCCCCGGCGAUAAUCUCUUGGCGGUGGGCCAUGUUGACGAAGAUGCCAAUAUUUUGGAAAUUUACGUGUAUAACGAAGAGAACGAUGAUUUCUACAUCCAUCACGACAUGAUUUUGCCAUCAUAUCCGUUGGCGCUGGAAUGGUUGAACUACCAAUCCGGACAAACCGAAGAAUCAGGCAACUUUGUGGCCGUGGGCAGCAUGGACGAUGUCAUCCAGAUCUGGGAUGUGGACGUCGUCAACGCCCUGGAACCGGCCUACGAAUUAAAAGCCCGCAGAAAGCGGAAAAAGACCGGCGCAGCGGCGACUUCCGGUCAUUCGGACGCCGUCCUGUGUCUAACCUGGAAUACGUUGGCGCCGCACGUCUUGGCUAGCGGUUCGGCGGAUCAGAGCGUGAUUUUAUGGGAUUUGGAUGAAUUAACCGCCAGCACCGUUUUAAGCGAUUUUUCAGAUAAAGUGCAGAGUAUUCGGUGGCGUCCGCAUCAUGCGCAGCAGAUCCUAUGUGGCUCCUGUGACAAAGUUGUCCGCUUGUUUGAUUGCCGUUACAAAAAAUCCAAAUCCACCGCGUGGAAUGUUGCCGGCGAAGUGGAGCGCGUGUUGUGGUCUACGCGGGAUAAUUCGUAUUUCCAUGUGAGUGAUGACGCCGGUGGAUUGUACAUGUUCGACGUGCGCAACACGGACAAUCACGUCUUCCACGUGGACGCCCACGAGAAAGCCGUCGGCGGACUGACGGAGAGUGCGCUGGCGCCCGGACUGCUCCUCACCGUCUCCGAGGAUAAAUACGUCAAAAUCUGGGAUGCGGAUCCCGCGCGCAACACCAUCGAACCCGUUUAUUCCCAGCGACUUAAAAUGGGUGAGUUGCAGUUUGCCACAUUUUCCCCGAAUUCUCCCUACAUCGUCGCAGUGGCGGGUGAUGAUUCGGAUUCCAACCUGCGGGUUGUAAAUUUGCUCGGUUAUUCCGACGAAAUCAGCCGGAGGUUUCAGUCUCGCAUUCCGCAAGAAUUUCAGCCUAAAGCCGAAGAAAACGCGGAUAACGGCGGAGAGAUUGCGGAGCCGAAGAGUAUAAAUCAGCGAAAAAUCACACUGAAGAAUCGAAAGGCAGGAACGGCACCGACAGUCCGCAACAACGCCGGAAAACGCAAAGCGGGAAAAGCCACGGAGCGGUCCAAAAAGUGGAAGAAAGACCAGAAGAUCCCGGGCAAUAAAUAUGUGAAUAAAUCCGGGAAGAAAAAGUUUUUUAAAGUCGGCAAAAAGCCGCAGUGAAUUAGAAAUUUCUGUUUAAGCAGGAUGUUGUGUUCUUUUGUGGAUUAAGCAAAGAAAGUGCCGGCUUGGAGAAAAU